AUCAAUUCCUUUCACACUCUCCUCCUAUUUUGAGUUUCUUCUCUCUACAACCCCCCCCCAAAACAAAAUCAUCAUAACCUCUUCCUUCAUCCCCAUUCUUCUUCUUCUCUCUGUCUGUCUCUCUCUCUCAAGUCACACAACCAUCACCUUUCUCUAUUCCUGCCAUGGAUUCCGGCAACAGUAGUAGCAUGCAAUCAUCCAGCGGCGGUGGUGGUGGAGGAGAUCAAGAAGAGUACGACUCACGCGCCGAUCAAUCAAUCUCUGCUUUACUCAACCACAACUCAACCACCGUCUGCUCCAACAUCGCCGUCCCAACGCAGCUUGACUCUCUCAUAGCUAACUACUUCAACACAGCUUGGUCAACGGAUAAUCCUCUUUGGUCAACAACGGCUACAAAACCCACCGAUGGCCCUAGAGCAGUACCUCCUCCACCGAUCUCAUCAGAACCAGUCUUCUUCACAAACCCACUUCAACAAAAUCUGAGAACAGUUCCAAACACAACUAGUCCCAGUUGUUCCGUCCCAACCGACAAGAAAAACGGUCUUGCGACAACACGGAAUCCAAAGAAGAGAUCUCGAGUCUCGAGACGAGCGCCUACGACUGUUUUGACCACCGACACAUCCAACUUCAGAGCCAUGGUUCAAGAAUUCACCGGUAACCCUUCAACUCCUUUCACCGGAUUAUCAUCCUCUUCUCCUUUUCCAAGAUCAAGAUUUGAUCUCUUCGGUUCUUCUUCUUCAUCCUCACGACCCUUGAAGCCCUUUCCUCACAAACUCAUCUCUCCGUCGACGGUGAAUCAUCAUCACUACCUUCCUCCUUCAGAGUAUCAUCAUCAUCAGCAGCAUCUUCUCCUUAACAUGAACGCGCAAAACAUCGCAAACCCUUUUCUCCACAACCAAUCUCCCAACAACCUUUUACGGGAUCAACCCCUUCUAUGUGAAAAGUCGAAACCUUCGAGCUCGAGAACGACGAGUAAUGGUUUUGGACACGUGGACGUUGGAACAAACUUUGAGGGGCUUCAUAACAUCAUGGUCUCGUCGUCAUCGAUGACACAGCCAACCCUAAAUAAUAUUCGUGGAUCAGACAAGAGUACUGAAGCCGAGAAUGAUAACGACCUGUUAAGAUCGAUCAAUGGUGAUGAUGAUCAGUCCAUGGUCCAAAGAUCGGAUGGUUACACACCACAUGUUGCUUCUGGAUCGGAGAAUAUUUAGCGGCUGUGAGAAAUGAAGGUAUGGUGGAGUUAUCGUGGAUCUCUUCUUCUGAUUAGAUUCAUUCAUCUAACAUUUUUACAUUAUGGUCGUAUUUUUAUUAUUACUUACCAUAAAAAUACAAAUAUUAGAAAUCUUAGAAAAAAACAUAUGAUGAAUGGAAACAUUAAUUAAUGAUUUUGGAAUCUAUGUUCUAAAAAGCUUCUCUAAUUAACAAUGACUUUUAACA